UUUCCGGCGUCGAAGGCCGAGGCCGGGGAUAGUGUGAGAGCUGUAAGAUGGCGGCGGCGGCGGUGGUAGAGUUCCAGAGAGCCCAGUCUCUACUCAGCACCGACCGGGAGGCCUCCAUUGACAUUCUCCACUCCAUCGUGAAGCGUGACAUACAGGAGAAUGAUGAGGAGGCAGUGCAGGUCAAAGAGCAGAGCAUCCUGGAACUGGGGUCUCUCCUGGCAAAGACUGGACAAGCUGCAGAGCUUGGAGGACUCCUGAAGUAUGUGAGGCCCUUUUUGAAUUCCAUCAGCAAGGCUAAAGCGGCUCGUCUGGUCAGAUCUCUUCUUGAUCUGUUUCUUGAUAUGGAAGCUGCUACAGGGCAGGAGGUCGAGUUGUGUUUAGAGUGCAUUGAGUGGGCCAAAUCAGAGAAAAGAACUUUCCUACGUCAAGCUUUGGAGGCGAGACUGGUGUCUUUGUACUUUGAUACCAAGAGGUACCAGGAAGCAUUGCAUUUGGGUUCUCAGUUGCUGCGGGAGUUGAAAAAGAUGGACGACAAAGCCCUUCUGGUGGAAGUACAGCUUUUAGAAAGCAAAACAUACCAUGCCCUGAGCAACCUGCCGAAAGCUCGAGCUGCCUUAACUUCUGCUCGAACCACAGCAAAUGCUAUCUACUGCCCCCCUAAAUUGCAGGCCACUUUGGACAUGCAGUCAGGUAUUAUCCAUGCAGCAGAGGAGAAGGACUGGAAAACUGCGUACUCAUAUUUCUAUGAGGCAUUUGAGGGUUAUGACUCCAUCGAUAGCCCCAAGGCCAUUACAUCUCUGAAGUACAUGUUGCUGUGCAAAAUCAUGCUCAACACUCCAGAAGAUGUCCAGGCUUUGGUGAGCGGGAAGCUUGCACUUCGCUAUGCGGGCAGGCAGACAGAAGCAUUAAAAUGUGUGGCUCAGGCUAGCAAGAACAGAUCACUGGCAGAUUUUGAAAAGGCCCUGACAGAUUACCGGGCAGAGCUCCGGGAUGACCCAAUCAUCAGCACACACUUGGCCAAGUUGUAUGAUAACUUACUGGAACAGAAUCUGAUCCGAGUUAUUGAGCCUUUUUCCCGAGUACAGAUUGCACACAUAUCUAGCCUCAUCAAACUCGCUAAGGCCGACGUGGAAAGGAAAUUAUCACAGAUGAUUCUUGACAAGAAAUUUCACGGGAUCUUGGACCAGGGGGAGGGUGUCCUGAUUAUUUUCGAUGAACCACCAGUAGAUAAAACUUAUGAAGCCGCUCUGGAAACAAUUCAGAACAUGAGUAAAGUAGUGGAUUCCCUCUACAACAAAGCCAAGAAGCUGACAUAGAGUUGGAUCUGUAGCGGUCCUUUGGAGAGUGUGUGUGGCAGGAGAGUGAAACCUUUGGGGAAAAUGCUAGGAGAUUUUUUUUCUUUCGUUCUACUUUUCGCUCGGAAAGUUUUUAAAUCCUCAUUUGGUGCAUCUGUAUUCCAGCUGAUAGGUGUGCCAGUUUUCAUGUAAUCUUUACUGGCCCAACUUGGGAGUGGGGAAAUUGCUUUAAAAAAAAAAGAAAAAGGAAAAAAAAAAAGGUUAUUCUAAAUAAAAGGAAAAAGGCUUACACUACCUAAAGCUGUGCUCUCUGCCUCCUGGGAGAGGGCCGCCAAGCCAGGCACCCCGCCAACCACUGGGGUACUGAUCCACCUGCUGGGCGUCACCUCUCCUCUUCUUCAGAAUUGGGUGUUUGCUGACCAUCAAAAGCAAUGACUUUUUAUUCUGUUUGUACGGAACCAAAACAAACAACUGUGUAUAGACUGCUGUUUUUUUUUUUUUUAUUUGAAAUGAGGCAUUUCGGUGUUCUUUCCCAUCAUACGGCCUGUCCACCUGCCCUUACCCCCGACAUUGGCUCCAGGAGACUGGCCAGAAGGUCCCGCUGCCGCCGCAGCGGCAGCAACAGCAGCAGCAGCACCUGCAUGGCUCCGCUCUGACCUGUGAAGGAAUGGAGACGAGGCCAGGAGCCAGUGUCCACUGCUGGCCACACAGGGAGCCAUGUGGGCCCUCAGCCCCCAAGGGCCUGCUGUGCAUGUGGCUUUUCUUUUUAACCCAGUAAACUAGGUUAGACACCAGUGUUUUAAUUGCCCCUCUCCUCUCUUUCUCUGUCCCUUCUCUUUCCUCUCUGUCAACCAGGAGACCACCAUGUGUUCCCCCUCCCUGCCCAGGAGCAGGCUGAAAUCCUUCGGCUUUUCUCCCUGUCUCACUCCUGCUGUCAGAUGGAUUUAUUCCUUUUUUUAAACAGUGAACAUCGGAAAUAAGACUGUGGGGUGUGUUUUUUUUUUUUUUUUUUUUCAAAUUUUUUUCUUGGGUUUUUGUGCAACCUCGUGUCCCUCUCCCGGGAGCUUCUUUAUUUACCUCUUGAAAUCAGACAGAUGGGAGGUAGAGCACUGUAUGUCAGCAUGCCUUGUUUUAUGAUGAAAUUACAUAGCAAGGCUUUAAUGCCAUUUGGGCAGGUAAGCUUCUGCACCUUUGUUGUGCUCAGCUACCUUUUCUCCUUCCUCUCAUCUCUUUUUUUCCACUUCCCUUCCUCUUGCCACCUUCCUGCUGGCCUCCUUUUCUCUUUCUUUCCCUUUCCCAGAUUAUCCUUUCAGGUUUUCUUAAAUUUAUAUUUUGUAAAAGGAUUUUGUUGUAUAAGGUUUUGCAUCCUUAUUGAACCUGACUGGCUUUUAUUUUCCUCUCCAAAAUCAGGUUUUUGUCCUCAACAUCAUGUCCAGUCACUGUUUUGGUUUUGGCACCAUCAUUAUCAAAUGUACAAACGGUUCUUGCCAACCAACACCAGGUAUAUCUGAUGUUCAGAUGAGUUCCAAUAAAAAUAAUUUUUUUUUCAAAA